GUGACCCUCGCCCUCUAAACGGACCCCCUCCCCUCCCUGAAAACGCCGUUACUAAAGACCACCCACCCGUUAAGCUCUCACGUGUCUUGACGAGUCUUUUCUCCCCCAACACUACUUAUUGAUGGCGCUCAGCCUCGCCGUGGACGGCCACCACCGAGAAUCUAGCGUUGAAAGGGGUCAAGGACGGAAUCCUCCGACGGUGGCGGAAGGCGGCGGCGGCGGCGAUGAUGGAAGUAGAGUGCCUAGGUUACCUAGAUGGACUAGACAGGAAAUUCUCGUCCUUAUACAGGGUAAGAGAGUGGCGGAGAAUCGGGUUAGGAGGGGUCGGACUGCGGGUAUGGCGCUUGGGACUGGGCAAAUCGAGCCGAAAUGGGCGGCGGUUUCUUCCUACUGUAAAAGGCAUGGGGUUAAUCGAGGGCCGGUUCAGUGUCGAAAGAGAUGGAGUAAUUUGGCUGGGGAUUAUAAGAAGAUCAAGGAGUGGGAAUCGAAGAUUGAUGAAGAGGGUGAUUCGUUUUGGGUUAUGAGAAAUGAUUUGAGGAGAGAAAAGAAACUUCCUGGUUUCUUUGAUAGGGAUGUUUAUGAUAUACUCGACGGCGGUGUUUCUGAACCCAUCGCUCAGACGGAUUUGGUUUUAGCUCUUGCUCCGCCGCCGCCGGACGAGGUUGUUGACGCGGUUUUUGAUAGCGGUCGUACCGCCGCCACGGAAGAUGGUCUGUUUUCGGAUUUCGAACAAUCGGCGCAUGAUGAGGCGGCCGGUAGCCCAGGAACAGAAUUUGCGCAGACAGAGAAACAGACUCCGAUUGUUGUUCCCCCACCCCCACCACAACCUGCUCCAAUUUCAGAGAAAGAACAACCUCGACCAGUCCAUAAAAUUGGCCCUUCACAAGAGUCGUCAGGGCAGCAGCCAGACAUUGGAGCCUCUUCUAAAGAGGGUGGAAAAAGGAAAAGAGCAGACACAGAUGAAGAAGAAGAAAGAUUGAAGGAUGAUGCAGAAGCUAGCCUUGAGUCUCGUUUAAUGAAAGUGCUAGAGAGGAAUGGGAAAAUGCUGAGUGAGCAACUCGAAAACCAGAACAACAAUUUUAUGUUGGAAAGGGAGCAAAGAAAGGACCUCGUCGACGGUUUAGUGGGCGUCCUCAACAAACUAGCCGAUGCUUUCGGUAGGAUUGCUGAUAAGUUAUAGCGGACCAUGACCAAGACUAUUGUGGGGGUGGUGUACAUAUCCAAAAAGAACCAAAAAAAAAGAAGAAAAAGAUUCAAAUCCAUUGGGAUGAUCCAGAAUGGGAUUGGGGAGAAGAAGGAUAUUUUUAAUAGAACCAACUAGUUAUAUCUUAGAAUGAAAUUUACAUGGCUUGUCACAUUGCUCCUUUAUUUUAUUUUAUUUUUGCAUUGUGGCUCUUGAUGCCACUAUAGAGUAGAUAAUAGACUUGGGAUUAUAAUUAUUUAUAUAUUGAACCAUUUGUCUGCA